UUCCUGUCAAAUCUUCCAUUCGGGAUUGACACAGCUCUCCGCUUUCAGUUAUUCCUGAACGAAAUGACAGCGAAUAAUAAGGAAUGGACGGAUCCCCUUUAAUAUGAGAAGAUUUCCCACCUCAUAUUAAAGCACAUUUAUCAAGCAGACGUGAAAUGGCUACAACACUGAUCUGCAGGGCUCAUCUGCUCUAAUGCCAAAUCCAAACUUAAGGAAUAUCCCAGAAUUCUCUGUAAUAACCCCACCGCAUGUCGCGCAUCAGGAGCACACUGGACACCGUUACCAAAGCCGUGACCGGGACGGUGAACACAGAUCUCCUUUCCAAAAUCACACGCCUCAAACCAGGUAAAGCUUUAGAGGUCAAGGUGGAAUGUCCCGAAGCCGAGGGCGGAGCGGUCAUGACUGUGGCUGCAGCUGAGCCACAAACAGACAAAGAGGGUAAAAAAGACAUGGAAGAUCCCCCCAAAUCUGGAAAUGCAUCCAGCACUGGUGCAAAGCAAACACUACAGCGCUUCCAACCCACUGCGUUCACAACCAACAUGGAUGAAACGUACAAUCACCUGGCUGAACAUGUCAAUACUUACUUUGGAAGUGAUGACAAACGUUUGGACAAAGGAGAUACAGCCCCUUCAACAUCUCAAAUCCAACCUCCCCCCAAAGUAAGUAAAGAUCAUAUUAUGGCAGCGCCAGUGUCCCAUAAAUCUACACCUGAAAGCAAUCCUGCUGUUGAUAAAAACAGCUCCGUCCCACAAGCACCGUCCAUUCCUGCUCAGGACGAGGGGGUUUCGUCUGUUCCCAUUUUACCGAGAAAAGGCAUCAGUCAUUAUCUGUCGUACCCUAGGCCCAGCGUUCAGGCUUUUGUUGGGAACUAUAUCGCGCCUCUGGUACCGAAGUUCAGGGCAGACACAAAAAGUGGCGCAGCGGAGAAGGACAAACCCUCUGGAUCUGAACUGGAUGUGUCUCAGGAUGUAAAGAAAGCAGAGAGCAAGGAGCAGAAAGAGGCUGAGGAGAAAGCACAGAGACUGUUGUCUCAGAGGGAGAAGAUUAUAGCACGUGUUAGUGUGGAUAACCGGACGAGAGCGCUGGUCAAGAGUCUCCAACGGGUCACCGAUGUGAAGAUCACCAUCAGUCGAGUGGAGGAGCUGAGCUUCCACCUGCUGGAGUUUCCAGAGACCAGAGGAGUCGCCGUCACUGAGAAAGUCGUCCCGUGUCUGUUGCGUCUGAGGCAGGCGAGAGAUGUCAGUCUGCAGGCGGCGGUGAGACAGGCUCUGGCUCUGGUGGGAUACAUUGAUCCGGUCAAAGGCAGAGGGAUCCGUGUGCUCUCCAUUGAUGGAGGAGGAACCAGGGGUUUGGUUGCAUUACAGGCUUUGCACAGGCUGGAGAGUUUGACCGGGAAGCCUAUUUACCAACUGUUUGACUACAUAUGUGGAGUUAGCACAGGGGCCAUUUUGGCUUUUAUGCUGGGUGUGUUCCAGAUCCCCCUAAAUGAGUGUGAGGAACUCUAUCGAAAGUUAGGAUCUGAUGUCUUCAAGCAGAAUUUGAUAGUGGGCACAGUAAAAAUGGGCUGGAGUCACGCAUACUAUGACAGCCAGAUGUGGGAGGAGAUCCUCAAAGAAAAAAUGGGACAUGGACUUAUGGUUGAGACCUCCAAGAACCCAAACUGCCCCAAGGUGUCAGCAGUGAGCACGGUUGUGAACAGAGGGCUGCCACUGAAAGCUUAUGUCUUCAGGAAUUACAACUUCCUACCUGGGGUUCGUUCGCACUACUUGGGCAGCUGUCAGCAUAAAAUGUGGCAGGCCAUUCGAGCAUCGUCCGCCGCUCCAGGAUACUUCCAAGAAUUUGUGCUAGGAAAUGACCUCCACCAGGACGGUGGUCUCUUGAUCAAUAACCCUACAGCUCUGGCCAUCCAUGAGAGCAAGUGUUUGUGGCCGAACACACCGGUGCAGUGUGUGGUGUCUCUGGGCACAGGUCGAUAUGAAACCGCUACCAAGACCAGCGCAAGCACUUAUACCAGCCUGAAGACCAAACUAACCAACGUCAUCAGCAGCGCCACAGACACCGAAGAGGUCCACACAAUGCUGGACGCCCUCCUCCCCCCAAACACCUACUUUCGUUUUAACCCUUACAUGAGCGAGGACGUCCCGUUAGACGAGAACAGACAAGAGAGGCUGGACUACCUGCAGGCCGAGGGGCGCCGUUACCUGGAGCGCAAUGAGAAUAAGCUAAAGAAAGUGGCUAGUGUCCUCACGCAGGAAAAAGGUAUCGUACAGAAGCUCGCAGAAUGGGUACAACUCAAAGCUGAUAUGUACGACGGCCUUCCCUUUCGCUCCAAACUCUAAAACCCACACUCUAAACCAAACUAGCACAACCACUGAUGUUUUCCGAGUAGUGUAAAAACAUUGCAAACUGUGGACUGCAGUGGAAUGAAGUGUUACCGUGCCAUUUGAUAACUCAAAAUAGGGGAUCAAGUCUGUUGCCUCAUAUUGACGAGCACAUUAGAAGGUUGAAAUGGUUCAUCAGGUUUGAUUUAUAUAUACAUACAUAAAUAUAUAUUCACCUUGUGGAUCUUAUUUGAAAUGAAGAGCCUUGCAAGCAUGAAAUGUUAGUGGCAAUGCUAACUAGCUAACACUUGAGUUUGCCGUUUGUUUGUUCCUACUAAUGUCAUUUUGAGUCUGAAAUGGUAUAAAAUUGCUGUUGUGUAGUGUUUUCACUUUUAAAAAAAAGUUUCAAGACAAUAGUGCGAGUAGUUGACUGAACUAAAACUAUUAUAGUUAGCAUGAGGUGCUAUUAGAUGCGCAGACUGAAGUGUGUGUAAAUAAUGUCCAAUCAAACGCAAACUGAUGUUCAUAAUUGUCAACAUUUAUUUAUAUCAAACCUCAAAGGGAACCAACGGCACUGACGUUUAAAAGAUUUUGCACAAGAAAGCACUAACUGCAGUUGUUUCUUUAUUUAGCAUUGAUUACUGUGGAAAUGCUAAUCAGCUAAUCCUCAAUUUUGGAUAUUAUGUUUGAAAGCCUGAGCUGUAUUUCAGUAUACAUUUUCAUUUGCUCCUAUGCGCACUUGACAGGAAAAUAUUUUAGUUAAUUUAUUGGUUCUGUUCGGAUUGAGCGUGAUUUACUGUAAAGUACUAUUAAUCCUUGCUAUGAGUGAGAUUAUGACGGUGUUGUAAAUUCAGUUUUAACUGCAAAUGCCAUUUUCCUAAUAACACCUUAAAGUUGUGAUUGUGAGGAAAAAUAAAUGAUUUUAAAUCUCAAAA